AUGGUGGUAAGUCUUGAUCCCUCGACAUCACCAUGCUUACUUGAACCGUCCGACCGCCCAUGGCAGACCUGCAGCAUACAGCAGAUCAAUAAGUACAGCAGGUUCCCUGCCCUCUUCAACGAGCGCAAGUUUGCUCGGCCAUUCCCAGCGCAGAAGCAAACCCUCAGCUUCACAGACGACCUGCCCGCAGAGCUCCGCCUCCUCGUCUACGAGCACCUCUUCGACACCCCGACCACCUUCGAGCUCUGGGGCCCAGACAGGCAGCGCCCCGCCUGGCUCGCAGACACCAACCCCCUCCUCGGGAUCUGGGGCCCGGGGCCUCUGUGGCUCGACCCGCCCCCGCCCCCCGACGCCACGAGCCGCAAGAGCCGACGCGUCACGCGCGGCUGGAGGGCCAAGCACCCGCAGGUCCUCCGGCUGAGCAGGAAGGUCCACGCCGAGGCGGCCGCGCACCUCUACGGGCGCACGACAUUCCGCUUCAGCGCGUACAACGGCAUCGCCGCCAUGGCCGUCUUCGCGCACACCAUCGGCCGGGACCACUACGCCCUCAUCAGGCACGUCGCCGUGCAGCUGCCGCACCGCGACCUCUCGCCGCCGGCCUGGUACCAGCCCGGCGUGGACUUCUGUGCCAACAGGUGCAUCGGGUCGGGGCGGCACUGGGAGUACUUCGAGGACGCGCUGCGGUCCCGGGGGAUGCGCGUGCCGGACCUCGGCGUCCGCAGGUGGCACGUCGCCGGCCAAGGCCGCAGGCGCGGCGAGGUCAUCUACGACAGGGCCGUGGGCCUGGCGUUCCGCCAGCUGCGGGAGAUGGCCGGCCUCCGGACGCUGGAGGUCCUCAUCCCGUGGGACUAUAAGUUCAUCGAGACGCCGAAAAAGGACGAGGAAGAGUGGGACGGGGACAGGGGGGAUAAGGAGCGCUGCUGCUGCCAGGCGGUCGGGUGGGAGGCGGCCGCGGGGCCCCGGGAGGUCGUGAGGCACCUUGUCGAGGCGCACUCGCGGGACCCCGAGUACUGGGCCCUGCUGGCGGACCUCAGGCAGCGGGCCAGGGCCGCCGGGGGGCACCUGAGCAUCUCUCUGGUCCUCGUGUACGCCCAUGUCAGGAACUACGGGCGGAAUACCCACGACUACCGGGUGUCAUUGGCUUUCCACCGCCAGGGGCGCUGGCUGAAGGCAUACGCAAGGGUGAUGGACUAUGGCUUUGGUCACACCUCGUUUGAGGGCGAUAAUGAUAGCCCAUACGUGGUGGAUUACGGCGUGAAUGAGAGGCUCUCUACGGGAUGGGACCAGGACGAGCUUGACCCGAGGCUUGAGCCUCCAGAUCUGGACUGAAGAGAUUUGGGUUGUUGGCAUUGUGGUUUUUUUCUCCUUUUUCUCUCUCUAAACGCUGGGUCUUUGCCCAUCUACCAUUGUGUGAAGGGA